UUUUCCGGCGCAGGGAACGGAAGGCUGCUCCUAAAGCGCAGCAGCUGCGACCCGGGGCGCUGGAAAGGAGCCCGCAGCGCUCUUCCGGCCCGGCGCUGCGGCCGAGGGGCUGCGUCUGCGCCGGCGCGGUAGCCGCUCAGCGGCAGAGCCGGCCCGGGCGGAGCAGGGUACGGCAUGGCGGCGCCCGCAGCGCUGCAGAGGAGCGUGGUGUCCCCCGCGGGCAGGCACAGCGCCUCCCUCAUCUUCCUGCACGGCUCAGGUGAUACUGGCCAAGGAGCAAGAACAUGGAUAAAACAAAUUUUGAAUCAAGACAUGGCUUUCCAACAUAUAAAAGUAAUUUACCCAACAGCUCCUGCCAGGCCAUAUACACCUAUGAGAGGAGCCCUUUCCACUGUAUGGUUUGACAGAUACAAGAUCUCCAAUGAUGUUCCAGAACACAUUGAAAGUAUUGAUUCCAUGUGCCAGGGACUUACAGCCUUGAUCAAUGAUGAGAUUAAAAGCGGCAUUGCGAAGAAUCGGAUACUAAUAGGAGGCUUUUCAAUGGGAGGUGGAAUGGCGAUGCAUUUAGCAUAUAGGUUUCAUCAAGAUGUGGCUGGAGUCUUUGCAUUGUCUAGCUUUCUCAAUAAGGACUCUGCUGUUUACCAGGCUUUGAAAAAAAAUCAAAAUGUUCUUCCAGAAUUAUUUCAAUGUCAUGGAACUGCUGAUGAACUAGUUCUCUACUCGUGGGGUGAAGAGACCAACAAGAUGUUAAAGUCACUGGGAGUGUCAACAUCACUUCAUACUUUCCCUAAUCUUAAUCAUGAGUUAAACAGAACUGAAAUAGAACAACUGAAAACCUGGAUUGUAAAGAAAUUACCUGUUGAAGUGGCAGACUAAUGAACAAAAGAUACAACUUCAGUAUACUUUGAUUUUUGUGCACUGGGUGUGUCAACAUCACUUCAUGCUUUCCCAAAUCUUAAUCAUGAGUUAAACAGAACUGAAAUAGAAGAACUAAAAGCCUGGAUUGUAAAGAAAUUACCUGUUGAAUUGGCAGACUAAUGAAUAAAAGAAGAUACAGCUUCAGUAUACUUUCUGAUUAUUGUGCACUGGGUGUGUCAACAUCACUUCAUCCUUUCCCAAAUCUUGGUCGUGAAGGUUGGAAGGGACCUGAAACAUCAUCUAGUUCCAACACCCCUGCCAUGAACAGGGAUACCUUCCACUACACCAGAUUGCUGAAGUCCUCAUCCCUCCUGACCUUGCACACUUCCAGGGAGGGGAUGUUAACAGCUUCUGUGGGCAACUUGUCCCAGUGUCUCGCCACUCUCACUGUAAAGAAUUUCUACCUAGUAUCCAGUUCAAAUCUACACUCUUCCAUCUUAAAGCCAUUACCUCUCAUCCUAUCAUUUCAAGCCAUUAUUAAAAGUCCCUUCUCAGCUCUCUUGUAGGUCUCUUUCAGGUACUGGAAGGCCCAUAUAAGGUCUCCCCAGAGCUUUCUCUUCUCCAGGCUAAACAGAACUGAAAUACAACAACCAAAAACCUGGAUUGUAAAGAAAUUACCUGUUGAAGUGGCAGACUAAUGAACAAAAGAUACAACUUCAGUAUACUUUGAUUUUUGUGCACUGGGUGUGUCAACAUCACUUCAUGCUUUCCCAGAUCUUAAUCAUGAGUUGAACAGAACUGAAAUAGAAGAACUAAAAGCCUGGAUUGUAAAGAAAUCACCUGUUGAAGUGGCAGACUGACAAAUAAAAGAAGAUACAAGUUCAGUAUACUUUGAUUUUUGUGCACUGGAUGUGUCAACAUCACUUCAUGCUUUCCCAAUCUUAAUCAUGAGUUAAACAGAACUGAAAUAAAUAGAACAACUAAAAAUCUGGAUUGCAAAGAAAUUCCCUGUUGAAGCAGCAGACUGACAAAUAAAAGAAGAUACAAGUUCA